UUUAGUUGAUUGUGGAUUAGUGAAGUGUUAAAAUGAAGUGGAUUUUGCUGUGUUGCUUUUUGACCACAGCCCUUGCCAUUCCCUUGAACAGCAGGGAUGAUGGGUUCGUUGGACAACCGAUCGAAGAGCUAGGCGAGUACUUCGAAGGUGAUAUCGUGCUCACUGAUGAGCAAAAGGCGAGGAUCUUCGAUUCAAUGGUUGAUGGACGAACAGGGCUUCUGAAUCCACGAUACCGCUGGCCAAAUAACAUUCUCUACUACGAGUAUGCAGAUCAUGUGACUCAAGAACAGAGAGAGUGGAUCGAUCUAGGUCUGUCGAACAUAACAGGCCACACUUGCCUGACCUUCACGCCACGUACUACCGAGACUGACUACGUAUACGUCACUACGUCGAGCUCAGGAUGCUUCUCUUCCUUGGGUCGUAGAGGAGGACGCCAGCAGCUCAAUUUGCAGAACAAUGUACCAACUCAGGGAUGCUUCCGAUUUGGUACAGUUGUCCAUGAGUUUAUUCAUGCACUUGGCUUCCAUCAUUCUCAAACCGCCUACAACCGAAACGAUUACGUAAUCAUCAAAUUUGAAAAUAUUCAAUCCGGUACUGAAAAUAACUUCGUGCUGCAAGAUCGCACAACGACAUCAAUGUAUGGUUUGCCUUAUGAUUACGGAAGUGUAAUGCAUUACGGACCAACUGCAUUUAGUAUGAAUGGAGAAGAUACUAUUGUUCCAACUGAGGAAGGAGCGGUUAUCGGACAGAGACUUGCAAUGAGCACUAUGGAUAUCCAGCGACUCAACCGAAUGUACGAUUGUCCUGAAGGACAGUAAAUGGCUUAAAUGUUGGAAAAUCUUUUAAUAAAAUGCUCAAAAUAUAUUAACAAA